CGCGUCUCUUCAAUUGAAAAUGAAUGAGAAGUGGUGUUUCACCGCGCGGCACCGUGUGAAAUUAGUGUACACUAGGGAAGUCUGUGUCGCUUCCUGGUUAUGCUGGUCACAUAGUGACAGUCAGUGGAGGCAGAAUAAUAUCAGUUCACUCUCGGAAGAAAAGGUGGGUCCAGUCAGUGUUCGAUGGCAGAGUGGAGGGAGUGGGCGGGUCCAAGAUGAGUGCUGACACGCUAUUGGAGGAGACCCUGAUCAAGCGGUCUCAGCAGAAGAGGUUGACGUCACCGCUGAACUACAAGGAGAGAGUGUUCGUCCUCACCAAGACCAAGCUCACAUACUAUGAGUUCAGAGUAGAGAAGAGGUUUAAGAAGGGGUCCAUCGACCUGCAGAAAGUCAGGUGUGUGGAGAUCGUGAAGAAUGAUGGAGUCCUACCCUGUCAGAACAAAUAUCCCUUCCAGGUGGUGUAUGACACCAGCACUCUCUAUGUAUUUGCUCCCAGCUAUGAGAGUAGGAGGAUCUGGGUCCAAAACAUUAAGGAAGAGAUAAGGGACAACUCUGUGAUCGUUGCUAAGUUCCAUCCUCAGUUCUGGAUGGAGGGCGUGUGGCUGUGCUGUCGUCAGGCAGAGAAACUGGCCCCGGGCUGUGAGGAGUACAACCUGUUUGGAGACCUUUCGAGGAAACUUCUUCCUCCCAUACCUGGAGAGGAGGGCACAGGAAGGUCUCGUCGGCCUCCCCCUCCCCCUCCCCCCUCCCGUACACAGCCUGACGAUGGUAGUGGUGUCGAGGAAGUUGUGAUAGCUCUGUAUGACUUCCAUGGUACUGAACCACAUGACCUGACUAUGACCAAAGGAGGACAAUACGUCAUACUGGAGAAAUGUGACAUCAACUGGUACAAGGCCCGCAACAUAUACGGGAAGGAGGGCUACAUCCCCAGCAACUACGUGACAGAUAAAAAAUUGGGGAACCUGGAACAAUAUGCCUGGUACAGUAAACGUGUCAACCGGAACAAAGCUGAAGAACUACUGCGGACAGAGGAUAAAGAGGGAGGGUUCAUGGUAAGAGACUCCAGUAAGCCAGGCGCCUACACCGUCUCCCUGUACACCAAGUCAGCAGGGGAGGGAGGUGCAGCUAUCCGGCAUUACCACAUCAAGGAGACCUCAGGCUGCCCCAGACAGUUCUACCUGGCUGAGAAACACCUGUUCACCUUGAUACCUGACCUCAUCGAGUACCACAAUCACAACGCUGCAGGUCUGGUAGCCAGGUUGAGGUAUCCAGUAGGGAAGGAGAGAUCUGCUCCAUCCACAGCAGGCUUCAGCUACGAGAAGUGGGAGAUCAACCCUUGUGAGCUGACCUUCAUGAAGGAGCUGGGUUGUGGUCAGUUUGGGGUGGUGCGGCUGGGGAAAUGGCGAGCUCAACACAAAGUAGCCAUCAAGGCUAUCAGAGAGGGAGCCAUGUACGAAGAGGACUUCAUAGAGGAAGCCAAGGUUAUGAUGCGUCUCACCCAUCCUAAGCUGGUGCAGCUGUAUGGAGUGUGUACUCACCAGAGACCCAUCUACAUUGUGACUGAGUUCAUGGGACUGGGAUGUCUGCUCAAUUACGUCAGGCAGCGUCGGGACACCUUCAGCCUGGGGUCCUUACUGAGUAUCUGUCAGGACGUCUCAGAGGGGAUGGAACACCUGGAGGCACACGGCUUCAUACACAGAGACCUGGCAGCGAGGAACUGUCUGGUGAACGAUGCUCUGGUGGUGAAGGUAUCAGAUUUUGGAAUGGCCAGGUAUGUACUAGAUGACCAGUACACUAGUUCAUCGGGCGGUAAGUUCCCAGUCAAGUGGUCUCCUCCUGAAGUCUUCAACUUCUGCAAGUACAGCAGCAAGUCGGACGUCUGGUCCUUCGGUGUGUUGAUGUGGGAGGUGUUCACAGAGGGGAAGAUGCCAUUUGAACACAACCCUAACCAUAAGGUAGUGAUGAUGGUGUUAGAAGGGCAUCGCCUCUACAGACCCAAGAAGGCCACGCCCAACAUCUAUGACAUCAUGCUGCGCUGCUGGCACGAGAGAGCAGAAGAGAGACCAUCGUUUUCCCAGAUCUCCAUCUUGAUCUCCGACGCUCUAGAAGUGGAUGGGUCCUCCUCUGCCUGAACCCACCAAUCAGAUCCUCUCCUCUGCCUGAACCCACCAAUCAGAUCCUCUCCUCUGCCUGAACCCACCAAUCAGAUCCUCUCCUCUGCCUGAACCCACCAAUCAAAUCGUAACCACCAGUCGGAUCUCCUCAGAUCCAGUGUUGGAGGACUGCUUCCACACCGCUCUCUGUACUGAUGGAUCUCUUGUGAUGGACAAUUAUGGUGGAGUUUGUUAGACAGGAAGUUUGCGUCCAAAUACCAUAUACUGUUUCACUACUUCUAUCCUGUCUGACAGGAAACUGGACAGUCUUCUCAAAACGUAUAUGUUCCCCCCCCCUUUGCUCUCAGAACAGCUGAAUUCUGAGUGUUCUAAACAUUAAGAACACCUUCCUAAUAUGGAGUUGCACCUCCCCCUUUCCUCCUCAGAACAGCCUCAAUUCGUCGGGUCAUGGACUCUACAAGGUGUCGAAAGCAUUCCACAGGGUUGCUGGCCCACGUUGACUCCAAUGCUUCCCACGGUUGUGUCAAGUUGGCUGGAUGUUCUUUGGGUGGUGGACCAUUCUUGAUGCACACGGACUCCAGACAGGCGUUCCCAGACUCCAGACAGGCGUUCCCAGACUCCAGACAGGCGUUCCCAGACUCCAGACAGGCGUUCCCAGACUCCAGACAGGCGUUCCCAGACUCCAGACAGGCGUUCCCAGACUCCAGACAGGCGUUCCCAGACUCCAGACAGGCGUUCCCAGACUCCAGACAGGCGUUCCCAGACUCCAGACAGGCGUUCCCAGACUCCAGACAGGCGUUCCCAGACUCCAGACAGGCGUUCCCAGACUCCAGACAGGCGUUCCCAGACUCCAGACAGGCGUUCCCAGACUCCAGACAGGCGUUCCCAGACUCCAGACAGGCGUUCCCAGACUCCAGACAGGCGUUCCCAGACUCCAGACAGGCGUUCCCAGACUCCAGACAGGCGUUCCCAGACUCCAGACAGGCGUUCCCAGACUCCAGACAGGCGUUCCCAGACUCCAGACAGGCGUUCCCAGACUCCAGACAGGCGUUCCCAGACUCCAGACAGGCGUUCCCAGACUCCAGACAGGCGUUCCCAGACUCCAUCCUCAUCUCUGUACCCCACACAUACAAUUAUCUGUAAGGUCCCUUAGUUGAGCAGUUAAUUUCAAACACAGAUUCAUCCACAAAGACCAGGGAGGUUUUCCACAGCCUCGUGAAGAAGGGCACCUAUUGGUAGAUGGGUAAAAAAUUAACCUAUUGGGAAGCAAACAUUAAAUAUCCCUUUGAGCACGGCGACUUUAUUAAUUACACUUUGGAUGGUGUGUCAAUACACUCAGUCACUACAAAGAUACAGGUGUCCUUCCUAACUCAUUUGGUGAAAAGGAAGGAAACCACUCAGGGAUUUGAACAUGAGGCCAAUGAAACAGUCACAGAGUUUAAUGGCUGUGAUUAGAGAACACUGAGGAUGGAUCAACAACAUUGUAGUUACUCCACAAUACUAACCUAAAUGACAGAGUGAAAAGAAGGAAGCCUGUACAGAAUAUAAAAUAUUCCAAAACAUUCAUCCUGUUUGCAUAUAAGGCAAUAAAGUAAAACUGCAAAAAAUGUGACAAAGAAAUGAACUUUUAUGUCCUCAAUAAAAGCUUAUGUUUGGGGCAAAUCCAACACAUCACUGGGUACCACUCUUCAUAUUUUUCAAGCGUGAUGGUGGCUGCAUCCUGUCAUGGGUAUGCUUGUCAUCGGCAAUAUGUUUUCUAGGAUAAAAAUAAACAGAAUAUAGCUAAGCACAGGCAAAAUCCUAGAGAAAAACCUGGUCCAGUCUGGUUUCCACAAGACACUGGAAGACAAAUUCACCUUUCAGCAGGACAAUAACCUAAAACAAAAGGCCAAAUUUCCACUGGAGUUGCUUACCAAGAGCACAUCAAAUGUUCCUGAGUGGCCUAGUUACAGUAUUGACUUAUAUUGGAUUGGGCCUCCCAAGUGGAGCAGCGGCCUAAGGCACUAAGUCGCAGUGAGGCGUCACUACAGACCCGAGUUCGAUCCUAGGCUGUGUCACAGCCGGUCGUGACUGGGAGACCCAUGAGGCAGCGCACAAUUAGCCCAGGGUCGUCUAGGUUAGGGGAGCGUUUAGCCUGCCUGGGAUUUCCUUGUCCCAUCGUACUCUGGCGACUCCUUGUGGCGGGCCCCGGCGCCUGCAAGCUGACGCCGGUCACCAGCUGGACAGUGUUUCCCCCGAUACGUUGGUGUCUUCCAGGUUAUGUGAGCAGUGUGUCAAGAAGCAGUGAGGCUUGGCAGGGUCGUGUUUCAGAGGACACAUGGCUUCUCGAUCUUAGCCGUCUCUCGAGUCGGUAGGGGAGUUGCAGCGAUGGGACAAUACUGGAUAUCACGAAAUUGGUGUGAAAAAAAUAAU